UUAUAUAGAUUUUAAGGGUAGAGAGAUGAAAUUCACAUUUAGUUUCCAUCAUCUCGACGUGUAUUUCUUUGUUUCACACAAGACCUGUUGAACUAGUUACGACAUAAAUUGGUUUCUAUUGUUACGUUCUGCGUUUUGUAUUUAUUGCUAAGAUUCCGAGAUACCAUUGACCACAAAGUCUUUCUUCCAUGCGUAUCGCGCCGAGGUUUUACAGAAUACGUUCUUAUUGUUAAAUCUUUCUUCACAAUAGAGAGUGAGUCAGCAUUCAAACGAGAUGCGCGCUCUUUCGGAUGCCUACAUUCCUCCGCUUUCAAAAUGUCCCGCCUUACCACCAAAACGCAUCCUCUGCUAACCAAGACAAUCCUUUUAAACUUAUCUCACAAAGAUGUACACAUCAUUCAUCAAUUCCUUCAGAAGGAUUCCAAGCAAUUGGUUACCAUCACGAAACUCACCUAUAAAAACAUUAUUACUAUUAAAAAACAUAUCCUGAACAAGAACGCUGCAUAUUCCUAUAACGCAUUGGAAAACUAUAAAGAUGUAUUAAGUAAAACAGCAACAAUCUCUUCAGGAAUAGAGAGUUUUGAUUCUCUAUUGGCAGGAGGUUUCUUGACAGGGAAAAUCUACGAGAUAUGUGGGGCCCCAACCAGUGGGAAAACAAAGCUAUGUACGAGCAUCCUCUCCAAUUACCUCAAAAAGUAUUGCUCAAACUGCUUCUACCUUGAUACCAAAAAUGAGAUACAAUCUCACCUGAAAUUUUUCCCGCAAAGAGAUAGUCUGAAGAAGCUCCUAAUCAAACAACUCUGGACCAUACAUGACUUAAUCAAUGCCCUAUACGAGAUUAAGAGUAAUUUGAAGCAGCUCAAAGUCAGACUCAUUGUUUUGAAUUCUUUGCCUUGCCUAUUCUACCAAAUCGAGAGAAACAGAGCUAAUACAUUGCUGACACAUGCUGUAAAUAUAAUGAGAUUCAUCUCCAAAGAAUACCACAUCACUUUUAUUGUGACAAACUUAAUGACUACAUGGGAUAAUGAUCUGAGAUUAGGUUGUGGACAAUACUGGAAGACUGUACCAAAUACUAGAAUUAAUAUUUCUCAAGCCAAUGAUGAAUAUAGUUUAACAAUUUUAAAAAGCUGUGAUUUACGUGAAGGAAACGAAACGCUGAUUAAGUUGUAAUCAAUUUUAUUUUUAUUAAUUUAUUAUUUUUGCAAAAUACUGCA